AGCCACAACUUCUGUGUAGUAGUAACCGUCGGCAGAGUUCGGUUGAGUGAAGUAACACCAACACGGCGGUUAUUAACUUACUAUUCAUGAUUUUGCAUUAUAGACAGCCCUCUCUCAUCUCUACCACUAAUCUUUCCAAGGAUAGCCUACCAACUUUGUUAGUGACAGACAUCGGGUCCCAUUCCCAUAUUUAUUCUGGUUGCUGUUUGAUGUUACUCUUAUCUACUACCUCCAUUAGCGUUUAGUCUCUCUUGCUUUAACUUCACUAAUCACAUAAUCACCACUCUAUUCUGCUGACUGGCUGUGUGAUUUUUGUAGUGAUUAGAGAUGGGGUGGAAGCAUGUUGUCUCCUUGUCUUAUUUCUGGGCUGCCCUUCAGGGAAGUACAAGGGACGUUGAGCUAGGCACGUACACUAUCAAGUCUCAUGGAGCGACACUCGCAAGGAAUCACAGUAAUGAUUGGCUUAUUUUGCUCUUGCUUAUGGUCAUAGAGAUCAUCCUGUAUGUUAUACACCCAUUCUAUCGCUUUGUUGGGAAGGAUAUGAUGACAGACCUUAGAUAUCCAAUGAAGGACAACACAGUGCCCGUAUGGGCUGUUCCAAUGUAUGCUGUUUUGUUGCCUAUUGUUGUUUUCAAUAUUUUCUAUAUUCGGAGGAGAAAUGUCUAUGACCUGCACCACAGCAUUUUAGGUCUGCUAUUUGCUGUGCUGAUAACUGCCGUUCUUACGGAUUCAAUAAAGAAUGCAGUUGGAAGACCGCGGCCUGACUUCUUCUGGCGCUGCUUUCCUGAUGGAAAAGAUGUAUAUGAUCUCUGGGGAAAUGUUGUAUGUCAUGGUAAAGAUAGUGAGAUAAGAGAAGGACAUAAGAGUUUUCCGAGUGGUCAUACUUCAUGGUCCUUUGCAGGUCUGGGGUUUCUAUCAUUAUACUUGUCAGGGAAAAUACAAGCAUUUGAUUGCCGAGGGCACAUUUCAAAAUUAUGCAUUGUUUUUCUUCCUCUUCUUGUCGCCUCUCUAGUUGGUGUUUCUCGUGUGGAUGAUUAUUGGCACCAUUGGCAGGAUGUGUUUGCUGGGGGAUUUCUAGGGCUAGUUGUCGCCACAAUUUGCUAUCUCCAAUUCUUCGCGCCGCCUUAUAACACUGAAGGGUGGAGCCCUUAUGCACAUUUUCAAGCAUUAGAAGAGUUGCGCACAAAUUCACAGCAACCACCACUGAGAGAUGUCGAAGCUGUGAGAAAUAACAAUAACCUUAUGUUGAAAUCUCUAGGUCACAAUUUAAACUCACCGCCGCUGCUGCAAGAUGUUGAUGUCGAAUCUGGGAGACCGUAAAACCUCUGACCUUGCUUUAGGUUGUUUUAGCUAGAAAUUAGAACAGUUGAUCGUAGAAGUGUAAAUGGUGUGGUAAGAACAACUGCCUUACUAGCCAUAUGGCUACUUAAAAUAGUAUCAAGUUUGUUUAUGUAAAAUACUAAAAUUAGGCUGAGCAUUCGGUCGGUUCGGUCUAAAACCGAACCGAAAUAACCGAAAACCGAAAUGUAACUUUUUUAUUAAACGGAA